GUAUCCCUUUGUUGUUCUGUGCCCCAAAACACUCCAAAUCAGAUGAACUAUUUGGGCUGCUCAUAUGGGUAUCUUAUCUUCUCCUAUGAGGAGCACUGCCUCCUUGUCGAUGUGCACAAUGGUACCAAGGUGAAACCCCCCAAAAUUCCAUCCAACAACCGCCUUGGGUACUUUUGUGGCAUAGGCAUUCUUACAGGUCCACUUACUUCACCCAACUCACGCCUCCUCCUGUGCUUGAGAACCUCCAUGUUUGAGUGGCAAGUUGGAACAAACUCGUGGUCAGAACACCCUCUUGCUCUUAAAGAAGAACGCAUCCGUCAGAUAGUGUUGUUCAAAGGUGUCAUCUUUGUCAUGGAUGUCAAUGUGAGGCUCCACACCAUACGCUUGUCACCUGAAUUCAGCAUGCAGAAAGUAAAAAUCGCACCGGACCCGAAGUCCUUUUUUAUUAGCCCAUGGUUGGUGGCCUCUGGUGACAUGCUUCUCAUGCUUGACCUCUGCAUAGGGUGCGACGAGUUGGAUCGCUCGUGUUAUCGCUUCUUUGAGGUCUUUCACCUUGACUUUUCUGUCGAGCCAGCCAAGUGGGUGAAGAAGGAGAAGCUGGAAAAUCAAGCUCUGUUUGUUAGCCUUGAUAGGAGGAAUCCUGCAUUUUCUUGCAUGAGCCCUGAAAGAUGGGGAGGAAAAAGUAACUGUGUUUAUGUUGCCAAGCUAUCUGAUGAUCCCGACGAAACUUGGACCGCUGUUGAGGUUGGCCAGCGAGUGCGAAAAGACGUUGUUCACAGCCUUUAUUAUGGUGUUGCAAUCCCGUUUGGCUGCAGUCAUCUGGCUAGCCUCUGGCUGUACCCCAAUUUAGUCUAUGGUACUAGCCUGUGAUGUCGCUGAAGGGUUUUGGCUAGUCUUGCACAAGCGCUGGCUGUUUCUGCUGUUUUAACUUUAUUAGUUAGCGAUCAGCUCCUGCAACUGCAAUGGUUUCCUCACCUGGUACGGUGUUCAAGGCCAUUUCAUAUGCAUCGACAUGGCUGGUUGCCUGGUUGUAAUGUGGUGAAAAACUAAACAUCAGAAUUGCAUUUGUAUUUUGCCAUUUGAUGCAUGGCCCCAAUCUAUGUCUUGGAAUGACUUCAGAAGCUUGUACCGAAAUGUUUCCGCUUCCAUGUAUUUUCCCCUUAAUUGUGUUUUCUGCCGUA